CACCGACAACACUGCCCAUGAAACAUAUUUUCCAAAAAUAAAAAAUUGUCGUUCCUGUCAAAAAAUUUUCACAAGAAGGAAAUUGUGUUUUCUUUGUCAUCAGUAGCGUUCACAAUUAAAAAUGGCCAAAAAUACUUCCACGGUCUAUUUGGGAUUUGAAGAUGAGCCAAUUACCGAGAAAAAUAAGUCGCUGGUUGAUUUUAUGACAAACAAAGUCGGUGGACAACCGGUUUGGCCCAGCAAUGAUCUAUCAAUUGCAAUACCACCAUGUCCAAUUUGUGGAUUGAAACGUCCAUUGAUUUUUCAAAUUUACGCACCUCUAGAACAUUCUCCAUUCCAUCGGACCCUGUACAUAUUUUCGUGCAGUCAAGCAAACUGUUCCAAUCAAUCGAAGAGCUGGCUAUGCCUUCGAGUCCAACAGUUGGAAAAAGUUUCAGACAAAGACACUGCAAACAUUCGACAAACUAUCGUACCGAACAUAAAUUGGUGCAGCGAUGCAAAUGAUUGGGGGGAACCGGACGAUAUGUACAACAGUGAUGCGGAUAAUUGCAACGAACAGAACGGAAAUAUCAUUAAGAAUGAUAACAGGCUGUCGGAUGAAGAUGAUGAAAGUAAUUCCAUGGAGAGCGAUCCUAUUCCGGCAUUUGGAAAUCUUCAAGUGGACGACAAGAAUGCCAACUGUGGUGCUCAAGGUGGUGCAAUUGGUCGAAUUCAUUCUCCAAACGCAUCAGCUGAAAUCGAAGGAGAAGAAUCUGAACUGGUUUCCAUUGACACACCUUUAGCUCCGCAAAGAGACUUAAUUGCACUGUUAAAACAAACCACUGCUGUUCCUAUCGAUCAAUCGAAAAUCGCUUUGCGCAGCUUCUUCGUUGCUGUGGACGAAGAGCGAUUUCAGAGUUCCAAUACUCAUGCAGACCAUGUGCGAGAAUUGAUGGAUCGUUAUCAAGGCCAAGAUGAAAAAUUGAAAACUAGUCCGAGUAGUCCUGUGAACGUAGCGUCAGGCGGUGGAGGUGAUGAAUCGGAGGAAAAAUACGAGAAAGGCAUUCCAAAGCAUGGUGAUCUAAUGUUCCACAAUUUUCUAGUUACAAUACAGGAGAAUGCCGGACAAAUAAUUCGAUAUUCCCGCGAUUCUCUGCCGCUGCUUAUAGCUCCUCUAUCGGACAUUAAUCUCCCAACGAAAUGUCAAAAUUGUGGCCACGAGCUGAUCUGUGAAAUGCAAUUGCUGCCAAGUAUAAUACCAAAAUUACAGUUCAUAAACGGCGAUCCGGUCCCAAUCGAAUUCGGCAAUGUGCUAAUAUUUACGUGCGUGCAAAGUUGCUGGGAUACACCGGAUAAGAUGCGCGUAGAGCAUGUGGUUGUACAGGUUGAAGGAUAAGUUUUAUCAGAGAGAUGAGCAAGGGGGAAACGAUUUUACGAUCCGAUUUAAAUUCAAUGUGAUCAGAGAAACGGGUGCGUGUGAGUGUGUUUUAGUGUAGAUGCGCGCGAGGAGCAAUUCGAUGAUGAUGAUGAUGUCUGUCGUAUUUCAUUUUAAUGUAAAUUUUAGAAUGCUAGGCAUUAUUUACGUUUAAAACUUUACAAAUUAGUUCCACAGUUCAAUUUGCACAACGAUCACUUUAAAAGCAAACUAUAGAAUGACGUGAAAGGUGUGCCAUUGAUAAAAUACGGGGCACCGAGUUACUAAAUUUAGAAAAUUUAAAUGUGUUUCGUAGAUUCAUAAAUUUAUAAUUAAUACGAAAUGUGAACCGUAGCUCAAGUUUCUAGUAGAUUCAUUUCGUACUUUAGCGAAAAUAACGACCCCCCAACAUCCUACAUAAGUAUUCCUUAAAAUACUCCUCUGCUAUAUGGUGCGUCAUACCAAAUAUAUUGGAUAUUUAGAUCGUCCUGUGACUCAAACGGUACAGAGAUGUUUGUUUGUAUCUCACUUCGUCGGGUUGACUCGAAAAAAAACUUCAAAUUUGCUUCAAUGAAUGCAUCUACUCCUCCUGGUGUAUAAAAGUAACUAGCAACUAGCAAGUCUAAGAGCUUCAAUUCCUAUUACAUCAUGACAUUUGGUGGAAUUUCUAGGAACCGAAUUUUAGUCCGUCUUUUUUCUUCAAGACGCACUUAUGAAUUACCUUUAGAUUGCCUCAGAUACUUAUCAGGGCGCCUAUUCUCAUAAAUUUAAGAAUUCCUAACCUGACAGGUGUCACCUUUUAAGUUACGAAUCGAAUCGAGCGGGAGUCUGGGAGGUGCAAACACAAGCCAUAGCAAAAGUGAACAAAUGAUAUUUUAAACUCGUCGUCAAUUAUUGCAGCUUCUAUCCUCAAGCUGUAAUCCUUAGGUUACGCACCAUAUAUGGCUGACUAAAAGUGGCUGUCAGGUUUCAACAUUUUUACUAUUGCUGUAUUUUUGUUGUAAAAGUAUGAAGAAUGUGAUAGAAACCAAAUCUUAACGAAAAUAAUUUCCAUUUUUCCGUAAUAUUACAUUGUUUAGUGUUGUAUGUUGAAUGUUGAAAUUGAACGUGAAAAGAAUUUACAUUUAAGGCUAGUAACUAGUGCACAGUUCACGAACAAAAUAUCUUUGAAAGACAUUCAAUGUGUCAUUAUGUCGACUACACCAACUGGUAAAACCACCCAAUUACUGAACCUAAUCCAAUGUUUAUGGCGCCACUGUGCAUGGUUUUUAUUUAGUAGUUGCACAAAGUCGAUUUUUGUAGCACUCAUCCUAAAUUUAGGAAAACCUCAGGACUAUUGGUGCAAAAAUCAACUUGUACUUUACUAGAUUUUUCGAUCAAUCAGUAAAGUAACAGGCAAACAUUUCUUAAGAGAAAUUUUAAUCGAAUUAAUCUGUUAUUGAAUGACGCUCAGUACGAACUUAAUUAGAACAGUUGUGUUCUUCAACAUAUUAUUGAAGCAUCCACAUUUCAGCAUAUCAUGUCAACCUUCAGUCAAGUCAUUCAACUUGAUAUGUUGAUAUGGGUACACUAUACUUUUCACAAUUGACAACUACAAUAGAGAAACACUGAAAUAAAGUGUGACGGAAGCAACGCAAAUGUCACCAAUUCGAUACAGAUGCGGAAAAGUAUGUCAACCAUUCCCUGUUGCAAUAGUUGUUUUCGUAACAUGUGGCUAAAUGUAAACGUUCGCAAUAGAUGUAAAAACUGUCAACCCGAGGCGAAGACGAGAUUGACUACGCAUCGUAUGCUCGAAAUUCCAGUUUAGGAAUAAGUUAGGAACAAGAUUUUAUGCAUACAUCGACAUUCCUACCAACAUCACAAUCUGUCAUAUUGUAGUUGUCAAUCGCAAAAAUAAAAAGGAUUUCAAGGAGCUUUUGACAAAAUUAAAGAAUUAAUCUCCUUUGAUUUUGAACAAUUUAUUGAUACGUAAAUAGGCGGCGUAAUUGAUUUUCUGAUUUGCGGAACGUUUUGACACGAAUAUUAUUCAGAUAUUUUGCAUUUACGAACUGUGCUACAGAUCUUCACAACCCUAAAUGUACAACAAUGUACUGGACUCCUGUGUAAAAUCCAUCAAAUUCAAAACAUAUGAAAUUUAUA